AUGCUGUCCGGACGAUGUCAGCAGUGUAGAACGGACGAUAAGCUGACAGAAAAGUCACACCCGCUUCCCCCCUUCUCACCUACUCUUCCCUCUUUCUCCCCUUUUCCCCGCAAGCAGAAGGUACUGCAGCUGCACCCUAGCUGCCCGCCAUCAGUGCGGCUGGGCAUCGGCCUGUGCCACCUGCGUCUCUUCGCCUCCUCAGCAGCGCGCCAGCCAGCAGCAGCACGCAGGGAGUUCCACGCGGGCAAGGCCAGGCAGGCGCUGGAGCGGGUGCUGCAGCUGGAGCCAGGGAACGCAGACGCGCUGGUGGCUCUUGGGCUGUUGGAUGUGAACUCCGACGAUGUGACUUUUGAGAAUUCUCAAAAGUCACUCCAGCCACCCAUCCUGCACCGCACCUCCAUCGCCCAUCGUUCCCUUCACCUGCCCCACCUCUCUGUCCUCCCCUCUGCCCCCUCGCCUACCGCAGUCACAGCAGUGCAGCGGGGCCAGCAGCGCAUGCUAGCAGCGUUCCACGCCUUCCCGUUCCACCCCAUGGCGCUCAACCAUCUCGCCAACCACGCCUUCCUCGCCGGCCCUUCACUGCACGGCCUGGUCGACCCCCUGGCUGCGCUCGCCCUCGCCAGCACAGAAGCUUCUCUGCCGCGCGCUGAAGCAUACUACUGCCUCGCGCGCACCUACCACGCUCAGGGCGACAGGAAGAAGGCGUUUGCGUAUUACAAGGCGGCCACGGAGACAGUGCAGCCGGGGGAGUUCGCGCUGCCCUACUACGGGCUGGGGCAAAUUCAGCUGAGUCUGGGCGACGCCAAGGCGGCAGUGGGCACGCUGGAGAAGGUGCUGGCCGUGCACCCCACCAACAGUGACGCGCUCAAGGUGAGACAAGGGAGGGAAGUGGGCGACAGCGAGUUGGGGUGCAUGGAGAAGGGAGGGAAGGGGGGAACAGUGAGUUGGGGCGGUGGUAACCUGCAGAAGGUGCUGGCCGUGCACCCCAUCAACAGCCAUGCUUUCAAGCUGGUGGGCGCCAUUCACCUGCAGCAGGGCCGGCAGGACCAAGCCCUGGCGUGCUUCCGCAAGAUCACUCAACACUGCCCCUCUGACAUGGAUGCAUGGUUGGAGGUGGGAGAGCUUCUCGUCUCCUCCGACCUUCCUGCUGCGCUCGAGUCUCUCAAGAAGGUGCGCUCACACCCCAGGUUCACGGCAUACGAGCGCAUGGUGAAGGUGGUGGGCAAGGAGGGCGUGUCAGCAUAUGAGCGCAUGGUGAAGGUGGUGGGCAAGGAGGGCGUGUCAGCAUAUGAGCGCAUGGUGAAGGCGGUGGGCAAGGAGGGCGUGCCGUGGCAGCUGGUGAACAACAUUGCCGCGCUGCAGCAUGAGAGGGGCGCGUAUGAGGAAGCAGUGGCAGCAUACAAAGAGGCAUUGGGGCCACAUGGGCCGUGGGCGCCCAUCCUGCACCCUGAGGGGGCUGCACAUGCAGCGGGUGGUGGGGAUGCAGGGAGGGAGGCACUGCCAGUGGAGAAGGAGGCAGUGCAGGCGUACAAAGAGGCUCUGGGCCCACACGGGCCGUGGGCGCCCAUCCUGCACCUUGAGGGGCUUGCAGACGAGGACGAGAGGAAAGGCGCAGAGACAGCACUGCCAGUGGAGAAGGUGACAGUGGUGUUCAACCUCGCUCUCUCCCUCGAGCGCACCUGCUGCCUCACCCAGGCCGCUGCCCUCCACCGCCUCAUCCUCUCUCAGGUGUGCCCUCCACCGCCUCACCCUCUCUCAGGUGUGCCCUCCACCGCCUCAUCCUCUCUCAGGUGUGCCCCAUUAUCGCUGCCCGUUGCGUUUUAUCACCCCACCCACCCCCACCCCAACCCCCCCUUACCCACUCCUCAGUACCCAUCCUACCUGGAUUGCCACCUGCGCCUGACAUACCCAUCCUACCUGGACUGCCAUCUACGCCUGGCAGUGAUGGCACUGGACCGCCGAGACAACGCCACUGCCAUGACGCAUGUGAGCGGGGAGGGGGAGAGGGGGUGGGGGGUGAUUGGCAGAUGGGAAACAACUGGAAAGCGUCAGUGGGAGAGGGGGGAAAUUGAUUGGCAGAUAUCAGCCGUGCUACAGCGUGCGCCUGACAGUGUGGACGCGUUGCUGCUGCGCAGCCGGGCAGAGGCGGAGAGGGACGACCAUGCGGCAGCCAAGGACACGCUCAAGCGCAUCGUGGACCUCUCGCCUGAGAAAUGCACUGCUGCCCUUGUUGCCCUGGUGAGUAGCAUCUCUUGUCUCAUUGCCUGGCGCACUCAAGGACACGCUGCAGAGCACGUGCAUGGAGAGGAGAGAGACGGCCGUGCAGAGCACGUGCAUGGAGAGGAGAGAGACGGCCGUGCAGCGGCCAAGGACACACUCAAGGGCAUUGUGGACCUCUCCCCUGAGAAAUGCACCACCGCGCUCGUUGCUCUGGUGCGUGCCAUGCUCUCGUCUUGUUGCUCUGGUGGGGUUUCUGAGUCGAAUGCAGUGCAGAGUGCUCAUUCCUUGGGCAACUGGAACUUGAACAUGAGUGCUCGCCCCACGCGCGACACCAAAGCAGAGGCAUCCUUCCUUGAGAAGGCCCGGGAGAUGUUUCACAAGGCAUUGACGGGCAGCAGCAGCAACAUGUAUGCAGCGAACGGGGUGGGGAGUGUGGUGGCGGAGAGGGGCCUGUUCGACGUGGCAAAGGACAUCUUCACCUCCGUGCAGGAGGCCUCCUCUGCCCCCGGCACCACCGACCUGCCAGACGUCUGGAUGAAUCUCGCUAACGUGCAUUUGGCCAAGGGGGAUUACGCUCUUGCUGUCAAGCUGUACGAGAAGACUUUGAAACGCUUCUUUGCAAGCGGGGCAGUGGGGGCGAGCGGGGCCGAGGGCUUCCACUUGCGCACUUUGUCCUAUAUGGCGCGCGCGCAGUACGACGCCGACCAGCUGGCGCAGUGCCGCCGCUCGCUGCUGCUGGCGGUGCAUGUAGCGCCGAACAACGCCGCCCUGCGGUUCAACGUGGCGGUGGCGCUGCAGAAAAUGGCCGUGACUGUGCUGAAGCAGGAGAAACGGACGGCAGAGCAGGUGCGCAAGGUGGUGUCCGACUUGAAGACCGCCCUCCGGCUCUUCUCCCAGCUGGCAACGCGGGGAGUACAGGGGUCACAGGGGGGGGUCGACAAGAAGAAAGCCAACUCGCACCUCGAGUACUGCCAGCAUGUGCUCAGCUCGGCCAAGCAGCAUCUGGAGGUGGCCGAGAGGGAGGAGCAGCAGCGCAAGGUCAGCUCCCUCUCCCUCUUUCUCCCAGUCUCGCCGUUCCCCUCCCAUCCUCCUCAUCUCAUUCCUCUCUCUCACUACCCCCAUAUCCCAUGA